AUGAACGCCUCUGGUCUCAACGCAAGCGCGCUGGCGUCACCACCACCGCCUCCUCCGCAUGCCAACGCCACGGUCGCCACUUACUUACCCUACGGCCUGAUCAUCGACCUCAUCAACGGCAUCAACGCCUUCACCAUGCUGCCGUCCCUCUGCUUCCUCGCCUGGAUCCUCGCCGCGAUUCUGGGCACGCGCCUCCGCCACAACUACCGCCACGUCCUCUUCGCCAACCUGCUGCUCUGCGACAGCCUCUUCCUCAUCUCCUCCGACACCGUCGCCAUCCUCGUGUGGCAACGGGUGCCCAUCCCCGCCGUGCCCUGCUACGCGUUCGCGCUCGUCGCGAGCGCACUCAAGUACGCGGGCCUCCUCUGCGUCACCCUCAUGUCCCUCGAGCGAUACGCCGCCGUUUGCCACCCGCUGCGCUACCACGCCUGGUUCGACCGCCCCGUCGCCCUCGUCGCGUCGCUCGCCGCCGUUUGGAGCGGUUGCGCGUGGUCGCCCCUCGCGCGCGUCCUCCUGCUCGUCUCGGAUGGCGUGCCGCUGCCCGCCAACGAGGCCGUGUGCGCCGUCGAACGGAUCGAGGGGCUCAUGCCCAACGCGACCGCGCUCUUGGUCCUGCGCGAGGCGACGAACGCGGCGGCGUUCGUGGCCAGCAGCGUCGCCGUCGCGUUCAGCUACGUGAAGGUGUUCGGUGCGGCGAGGCGCGUCGCCGCCGCUACCGCCACCGCCACCGCCACCGCCACGGGUUCCGGCGGAGCGUCGAAGGCGCGCAACACCGUGGCGCUCCACUCGCUGCAGCUCGUCCUCUACAUCUGCUCGCUGGCGAACUCGGCCGUGCUGGCGGUGGUGGGCGCGGCGAUCGGAGACCCGCGCGCCUCCAGCGUGGCGCGUUCCGCGACGUACGUGGCGCUCUUCGUUCUCUCCAGACUCGUGGCGCCUGUCGUGUACGGCCUUCGCGACAAGGAGAUCCUUGGGCAGAUGAAGCGGAUGCUCGGCGUCGUUCGGCCCGUCGAGGUUGCUCCGGCAGAGGUCGCCUGA